CAAGAAAAACCGCAGCAAUGAAAUCGAAAUUCUGUGAACCGGUGUCAUGCAUGCUCAGUAAUUCAAGCGCCUUGUAGUUAAAAUUGGAGGGCAAGGUGGAACAUAGUACGAACUGGACCAGUUGUUCCAUGUGCACCGACUUUGCAGUCGUUUGGAAAGUCAACGGAUUGUGUGGCGGUGCAGUCGUUAUGUCCCUUUUCGCCAAUUUCAGCUGCCUCGAUGAGCUCAUCCAGGUCGUCUACCAGGACGUCAACCGCUUUGUCGUACUCUCCAACGUGUCUAGCGGCGAAUGGGCAAUUCAUCUCGGUCUGACAGGUGAAGGGCGGUGGUGGCAUGGGCGGUGGCGAGAGGCGGACGUCACGAAUCUGGUGGGCUCUAAUCCAUCGGAUUUCUUGCUUGAAACGUUUGCAGAGAAACUGGCGGAUAGCAUCCUCAAGGGCGACCUGUAUAUCACCAAUUUCGACGCAGGCAAGGACAUCAAUAUUACACUUGCGCCAACUUCCAAGAAACCCAUGAACGUCGCUCUUGAGGUGAUGGACUCUAAAGAAUCAGCAAUAUACACAUGUCGCGUGUUGCUAGAUGCGCAGAAGAGAAAAUGCCAUCUUCAUCCCGACUUUAUUUCGGUGCAGCCACCUGAUCCUUCGAGCAGCGCGACAUCUUCGAAUCCCAAGCCAGUCUCGAGUCCUGCCAGUCGCACAGAGGAGAUCAUUGAACCCAAGACCAAGGCAGGAUCUUCGAAUGACAAGAAACGCAAGGAGCUUGAGCUAGUCAAACCUGAAUCUAGUAAGCUCCAAGGGUCGACUUUCUUCCGGUGAACUAAAUGCAAGUGCUAUAGAAGAAGCAGCUCCGCCCCGAGCGUUGAAGGGCGCAUCACUUGCGAAUCCUACUAAGAAAGCUCGCAGGUACCAGCCGGUUCAGUUUGCCAGUGACGAUGAAGAGUGAUAAAGGAAUCAAAU